AUAAAAGACAGUUGUCUCUUGUCAUUCAUUUUAUGAUCUUGUCCUACAUCUCCUGCUAAGUCAAUAUCAUUAAGGGGUUUUAUGGAGAAGAUGGUAGGUACCGUAGGCCGAUUAGCGGUUAUUUACUUUUUGUUUUUGGCAUCAAUCAGUUUUGUAUAUGGUGUGAUCCCUAUUCAGUGGGACUUAGAUAUAUCAAUAAGAUGAAAAAAGAAGAAGAAGAAGAGGUUCACAUAAUGAAGACCAAAAGCAAUCCCAUUAUCGCUUUAACAUCCCAAUUACGCAUUUUACUUAUUAGAAUAGCAAGUGGAAUGAAUGGAGUAGAAACAAUCAAGAACGUCCAAAUAAAUGCAAAGCUUAGCAUGAGAGUCAAGCAAGUACAUGCUUAGAAGCACAUCAUAUCUCACGUCACCAAUCCAACCUUUAUACUACUACAAAUAGGCUUCAUAAUUAGACAAAUAUGAAACACCUCACUUCACCUUUGCAACAACAUACACCCAAAAUGGCUGCCUCUGUUGACUUCUUCCCCUUUUACCCACCACCGUCCCAUCAACAUCCUCUCCCGUCUCCGUUCCCAGCCCCACCGCAUCAUCCGCCCCCUCCUUCCCACAUUGUCCCUCCAUCGCCCCCAUCUUCUCGUCCCCAUUACCCACCGCCACCUCCUUCCCUCUUUGGUCCUCCUCCACCACCUCUUCCCCAUUCCCCACCUCCACCAUAUCCUCGUCCCCAUCAGCCACCGCCUCCACCUCACGUUCUUCCACCACCACCACCACCACCGGGGCAUCAUGUUAUCAUUGUGGUUGUUAUCUCUCUUGGUAGUUUGUUUCUUCUUGCAUUCCUCGCUGCUGCUCUCUUCUGCUAUCUCAAGAAAAGAAGAAUGUCUUCUACAAAGACUGAGAUUAUCAAGUUUGAUGAACACCUCAAAGUCCAAGAAGUCAUAGUGCCAGGACCCCAUGGCGAACCAACUAGAGUGGUAAUGCUUGAAGAAGACAUUCAUUUGGAAGAGGAUAUUCACAAGACUGAAAAGCUUAGCAGAGCUAACCAUCUCAGUUCAACUGGAGGACAUGCGAUUGAUAUAUCAGAUCCCAAUCACCACUUUAUUGAGAACAAGGCCUAGAUCAAAAGCUAUGCGAUAGGCCAAAAUGUAAUCAGUCAUUUAUUCUCACUGUUUAACUAAUAAAUAAGGUACCAAAUCUUGCAAUCCAAAACUUGAUAACUGUGCUUUUCUCCCCGAUAUUGGUUCCAAAAAGAGGCACAUGUCCUUUCAAUUAAAACAAAUUCCAUGCCA